ACCCACCUCCACCACCGCCACCACCGGCACCGGCGGCGACGAUGAGGGAGAUCCUCCACAUCCAGGGCGGGCAGUGCGGGAACCAGAUCGGGGCCAAGUUCUGGGAGGUGAUCUGCGACGAGCACGGGAUCGACGCCACGGGCCGCUACGCGGGGGACUCGGACCUGCAGCUCGAGCGGAUCAACGUCUACUACAACGAGGCCAGCGGCGGGCGGUUCGUGCCCCGCGCCGUCCUCAUGGACCUCGAGCCCGGCACCAUGGACUCGCUGCGCUCCGGCCCCUUCGGCCAGAUCUUCCGCCCCGACAACUUCGUCUUCGGCCAGUCCGGCGCAGGGAACAACUGGGCCAAGGGACACUACACCGAGGGCGCCGAGCUCAUCGACUCCGUCCUCGACGUCGUCCGCAAGGAGGCCGAGAACUGCGACUGCCUACAGGGAUUCCAAGUUUGCCAUUCUUUGGGAGGAGGCACUGGAUCUGGCAUGGGCACCCUUCUUAUUUCUAAGAUUAGGGAGGAGUACCCUGAUAGAAUGAUGUUGACCUUCUCUGUCUUCCCAUCACCAAAGGUCUCAGAUACCGUCGUGGAGCCAUACAAUGCUACACUUUCUGUUCACCAACUUGUUGAGAAUGCUGAUGAAUGUAUGGUGCUUGACAAUGAAGCUCUGUAUGACAUAUGCUUCCGCACACUAAAGCUCGCCACCCCUUCCUUUGGUGACCUCAACCAUCUUAUCUCUGCUACCAUGAGCGGUGUUACGUGCUGCCUGAGGUUCCCUGGACAACUCAACUCUGAUCUUCGCAAGCUCGCUGUCAAUCUCAUUCCAUUCCCCCGCCUCCACUUCUUCAUGGUUGGCUUUGCACCGCUGACGUCACGCGGAUCACAGAUGUAUCGUGCUCUCACAGUUCCUGAGCUGACUCAGCAAAUGUGGGAUGCCAAGAACAUGAUGUGUGCUGCUGACCCUCGCCAUGGGCGCUACCUCACCGCUUCUGCCUGUUUCCGCGGGAAGAUGAGCACCAAGGAAGUGGAUGAGCAGAUGCUCAAUGUCCAGAACAAGAACUCCUCGUACUUUGUUGAGUGGAUCCCCAACAACGUCAAGUCCAGCGUGUGUGACAUGCCUCCCAGGGGGCUGAAGAUGGCAGGCACCUUUGUGGGGAACUCCACCUCUAUCCAGGAGAUGUUCCGCAGGGUCAGCGAGCAGUUCACUGCCAUGUUCAGGAGGAAGGCUUUCUUGCACUGGUACACUGGCGAGGGCAUGGACGAGAUGGAGUUCACCGAGGCCGAGAGCAACAUGAACGACCUGGUUGCCGAGUACCAGCAGUACCAGGACGCGACAGCCGAGGAGGAGUACGACGAGGAGGAAGAGGAAGGCGUGGCGGAGUAGCGCUGUUGCCCCAGUCAUGUAUAUCCCCUCUUCAGGUCUAUCCAGGUCGUGUCCCAGUUGAGAGUUUAUGGUGAUGUGUUCUCCGUGGCUUCGAUGAGUUGAGGUUGCAUUUGCGCUUUGUCUUGUAAUUUGCUAAGGUAUUAGUACGUCGUAGUCUGUUUUGUUUUUCAUUCUUGGGGUCAAUCAUAGAUGAUUGCCUGAACCGUUGAGUGCUCUCCUCGAGCUAGUCAGUCACCUGUAAGUUCUGACAAGUAUUGGUAGUCGUUCUAUUUGGCAAAAAAAGUGUUCCUAGUGGUUUCUUAUCUUUGCAAA